UUUGGGUUCAGUUCUGCCCCCCUGUGGGAAAAGUAACCACCGCAUGGGAGUUUGUAUCCUGCCACCAAGGUUAGUCAUUAACCUUGUCUUCUCAGUCACUCAGGGCACCAAAGAAGUCGGACAGCACUCUGUCCGAGGCAUGCUGUCGCUCAGCCGUCUCAUCUUAACAUGGGCGACUGUAACCACUGCACACACGAGCGGGCUUUAUCCGUAGAGGACGACGUUACCGUAGUGUUUCACAAAGUUGACAGCCAUGGCUCAAACGGCGGCGGCGACGACCACGACGAGUGCGGCGAUGAUGAACGGACGGCGGAGAGGAUUCACUUGCAGAGCAACUGUCGUGUGUCGUGUGACUACGAUGGUGAUGCUGAGGAGACGGAGGAAGCGAGAGGAAGCGUACAUUCACCGGAAGGCAGCGAGAAGAACGCGCUGUGCCCGCCGGCGUUUUGCGUCAGAAGCGAGCCCGCAUCCCGAGAAGAAAGCGCUCGUGAAGGCCCGGAGAAACCAAAGAGAUGUCCAGGUAUUGGUUUGUUCUAUGCUUUCCUGUCCACAGUUUUCUUCUCCAUCAUUGCCCUCUUGGUGAAAUCCAUCCAGGGAGUCCACGCCAUAGAGAUCAGCGCCAUACGCUGCUUCUUCCAGAUGCUCUUUGUUAUGCCGUUGCUCAUCUACCACAAGACAGGUUUCCUUGGUCCCAGAGAUAAACGUAUAUAUCUGGUGCUUCGGGGUUUCAUUGGUUCCAAUGCCAUGAUCCUGCUCUUCUAUGCUGUUCAGCAGAUGCCGUUAGCGGAUGCCACCGUCAUCAUGUUCAGUAAUCCAGUCUUAACUUCCCUCCUGGCUUGGGUCUUCCUGAAGGAGAGAUGUACAAUCUGGGACUGUGUGUUCACCGUUUUUACCCUCACUGGAGUCAUCCUUAUCGCCCGACCACCAUUCAUCUUUGGCGAGGAUGUACGUGGCAUUGAGGGCAACUACGCUAACCACAUCAAGGGGACUAUUGCUGCCUUUGCAGGCGCUCUUGGGGCUGCUUUUACAUUUGUUGUUCUUCGCAAGAUUGGAAAGAGUGUCCAUUACUACCUCUCUGUCUGGUACUACGCUGUCAUCGGUUUCAUCGAGUGCAUCAUCACCGUAUCCGUCCUGGGUGAAUGGAAAAUCCCAUUCUGUGGCCGCGAUCGCUGGAUGCUGAUGUUGAUUGCUGUCCUGGGCAUUGCAGGCCAGACCUUCCUUACAAAGGCACUACAGAUCGAGAAGGCUGGACCGGUGGCCCUGAUGAGGACUGUCGAUGUGGUGCUGGCGUUCAUCUUCCAGUUCAUUUUCUUUAACCGUGCACCGACCUUGUGGAGCCUCGGAGGGGCGCUGUGCGUAGUGGCAAGCACAAGUGGAGUAGCACUUAGGAAGUUGUACACCAACUCUCGCAAGAGAUGACGGACAAGCAACAUAGAAUACUUUGGUAUUACUAUUUAUUCUUUUUUCACUAUCAUAUGUUUUAGAUUUAUUCUGUAUUUUACUUGUUAUUUACAUGCAAACCUGUGAGCAGGUUUGAGCUUGUUGCAGAGUUAAAGGCAGUAAUAUAGAAUGAUAAUCUAGUAGGGGUCAGUUAGGAGCUUAUGGUAGUUUUAAAAUCAAAAUUUAAUUCUGUACAUCUGUACAUGUUGAUUCCUGAGAGUCAACCUGUAAUUUAUUGUCAUGCAUUUAUUUUUUUGUCAAUUAACACAUACAUAAGAUGCAGGAAAAACUGUUUCUGGCCCCAAACCAUAUUCUGCUCUAUGGAGCUUGUGUAGCUAACUACCUACUCAACAGAGAUUUCUUAUUUUCUCCUGAUUAAAAAUAUGAACAGCAUAAAUGGGACUAAAAGUUUGCAUUUCACCAUAACGAAGCAGUUUGAUGAGAUACCCUCAGUCCCUUUAAACUGAAUGAAAUAGCCAAAGAGGUUUACUGCAUUGGGACCAUAUAGGGUCAUACUGUGUCACACAACAUGGCAAUCAUGAAAAAAAAACACUACAUAUUUCAUUUUAUUGUGGUAUGUACUAGGUGUUAUCAAAUGAGUAUCUGCAAAAAAAGACUUGCUGUAUUUGUGGUGCUGACAAUACAACUAUCACUCCGGUUUUUUUUUUAGCAAAUGAAAUGUUUAUUACAAAGAUGCUGAAAAUAUUUAAGUCAACAAAAAAAAGAAAUAUAAAAGCUGAAAAUGAAAUCCUAAAAUAUUUCCUUAAAUACAAGGUCAUGCUGUAGAAUUAUCUCAGGGAUCCCUUGCCUAACCGCUUGUAAUGCCCAUUCGAAUUACCCCUAAAUCCAACCCAGUGUUCUUAUACGUUUAUUCAUUUGUGAUAUAUUUCUUAUUAUGAUAUUAUAUUAUAAAAUACAAUAGGCUUACCGUAAUAUCUAUUAUUUUCCAAUCCAUUGCUAAUCAUUUCUUAAUAAUAUCUUUGAAGUGCCUUAAGUAGGGAACUUUAACCUCCAGAUUCACAUAGUGGAGCUGCUCAGUAGCCAGCAACUCGUACUGUGCAGCUCUCAGGUGUGAUUGUGCAUAUUAAUAUGUAUAUGAAGUAAGGUGCUUCUGAAAAAACAGAUCAGAUAAACUGAUUUUUAAAAUGCCUGUAUGAAGAAAUCAAAGAUUAACAGCAUUUUUAAUGAGGCACCUAAGACAUGACCCACAAAGGCCACACAGAUUUCUUCAUAAUCUCAGGAGGAGUCAACUGUCUCAUGCUGGCUAGCACUUAAUGUCAUCUUAGAACUGAAGCAUCAAAUUUGUGUUCUCAGCAGUCUAAAAAUAUAUUUUCUAUGAUGCUCAAAGGGGGGGGUGUUGUUUGCACUUUGUCUUUGCCAGAGGGUAGAAAAAGUGUCAGUGACCUGUCAGUAUAAUUCAACAAAUGAUGAUCCUCCUAACAGCUGCACACAAGGAUUGCUAGAUGAUAACAACCUCAAUUAAUUCAAGGACCUAAGAGAGAUGAAAGAUGAUGUUGAGGUUUUACACUUGAAUAUCAUUGUUUUUGUGUCAUCCUCUGUGACCUAAAACAGCCACCUGUGGUUCUUGUGCCAAGUUGAGGUCCAGGUUUGUCCAAGUGGUGAAUCAAGAGUUUUGGGCAAUGCAGAUAAGUUAAACUUCCAGAAGAAGAAAACAAAGUCUUAAAAAUAAUCUUAAAGGUCCAGUGUGUAAUAUUUAGGAGGAUUUACUGGCAGAAAUGGGAUAUAAUACUCAUAGGUAUGUUUUCAUUUGUGUAUAGUCACUUGAAAAUAAGAAUCAUUAUGUUCUUGUUACCUCAGAAUGAGCUUUUUUUUAUCUACAGAGGCCUGUUUUCACCUGUUUCGUGUCCGCUGUAGUUUCUUCUUUGCACUAGGAGCAAAGGGAGAGUAAAGCAAGGGAGCUAGAUGCCACUAAAUCCUACGCACUGGUCCUUUAAAAUAUAUCGUAUUAAUUUCCAUUAUUAUUGCAAUUAUUGCUAAAAGCAUAUUGCUUUAUAUAUAGUUAUAUAUACAUUAUUAUAUGAUAAAGUAUAUAUAUAUAUACGUGCUUUAUUAUGUAAUAAUGAUAUAAUAAUGAUGCAAUAUAGUGUUUUGUCCUUUCACACUAAAAGGUUGCCUUGGGCGCCGCUCUCCUCAACCGCACUGUGAAUCAAAGGUGUUCUUUAUGUGUUACUGUUUGUAGAAACUUAUUUCAAGGGGUGUGGGUCUCUAGCACAGCCCCUUGCGUGUUCUGUGUUUAUGUGUGGUAUAAAUCAUCCUGUAUUUUUAGCAUUUAGCAAGGAGCUCCCCACUAUCAUGAUGUGUGAGUGCAACUGCAGUCCUCUGUUGCAGAAAUGCUAGAAAAGGAAGGCAAUUAGUGUUGAUAGACUGCUAUUAAAGAUUUUCUUCCGUGCUGUUUUUCCACACACUGUUUCUGUUCUCGUUCAACCUGUUGAGAACUCUGUCAGCACCGCUGCAUCAUCUGACUUGCCUCCACUUAUAGUUAUUACUUUUAUGAAGUAAACUGUGUAUCACUAUUAAGUUUGCACAUUUUUGUUUUGUUUAAUCAGAUGGUGACGGUGAUGUGUGCGUUUUUUCCUUAAUCCUCUUCUUUACGAAGGUAAACGGAUUCCAAAGACAAUAUUUAGAUUUACUAUUGUCCUAUAGGGCACGGCACAGUGUGUUAAGCUUAAAUAAAGCAAUGCUCCUUUUUCUAUGCAGGACAAAACACUGUCCUGUGAGAGUAGAGUAUUUGAUUUUUAUGUGCACAAACAUUAUGCAAGAAGAGGUUAGGCUAUUCUGAUUAGGAUUGCACUGAUAUGAUAUUUAUGCUAUACCAAUUAAUAAAUUAAUAAUAAAAAUAUAAUUGUGAUCCUGCCCACUGGCUUUAAAGAGCAGAAUAUAGUUAAAUGAGUAAUUUCGGUUCAUUGUACGACAAGCCCUGGGAUAUAAUUAAUAGGAUCAUCAUAUCAAAGUGUGAAAACUAAUAAAAAAAAUUGGUCCAUCACGUGUGAUCCCAGUAUUGUACUUUAGUGUCGGGGAAAGGCACUGUGACAUUUUUUGAAUCAUUGUUCGUAGUACAGUAGGAUGUCAUUGUCUCUUCAGAUGUUCCAAGGCUACAGUAAUUUUAUGUUCUUGUUUGAGUUGCUUUGACACUGAUUUUUACUUCUCAUAAUAUUAGUUUAGUUGAGUUGAAUGCUGGUAGUGUAAGCACAAUGUGUUAUUUCCAUCAUGGUUUAUUUAAACACUUGUUUCAGGACCUAUAAGCCUUACAAACUUACUAAAACUGUUUUUAGGGUUUUUAAACUAUGCUUUAAUAGUAUUUAUUUUACUAUUUCUGUAAUGUAUUACAUCAACAUAUUCUAUAAGAUGUUUAUAUUUCUGCAUAGUGAUUGAUUAUAUUUAGUAUAUCAUGAUUUAAUAAUAAAUUCUAUAUGAAUUUGUAA